UGUCAUAAAUUUAGGAUUCUUACAAGUAUUUUGUGGUUAGGUUCUCCAGGGUUGCACUUUGAGAUGCUAACUAGAAGCGCAGAUUUGAUACAAUUUUUACUCGGAACAAACUCUCGAUCUCUUUCUCAGAUAUCUAAAAUUAGCAAUUAUCACUUAAUCUCUUAUCUUAAGAAAUUCGUAGGAUCUAAAAAUGAUUAUAACUAGAUUCAGUCAUGUAUUAAACUUAAACAAGAGACUUGUGAACUUCAAACUAACUAAAACAUAUUUUUACAAGAAUUCAGUGCUCGAGAUGUCCAAGCAAGCAGCAGUCACCAAAUCGAAAAUAUUGGUAACUCGUUCAGAUAUUCCGGCAGCUGGGAUGACCUUACUGCAAGAUCGGUGUGAAUUAAUUGUGUGGGACUCGCCACUGGCAAUCCCUCGAUCAGAACUUCUAUCAAAGGUCGUGGGAGUCAAUGGAAUCUUUUGCACAUUAACAGAUAAAAUUGACGAGGAAGUAUUGAAAGCAGCUGGUCCCGAGUUAAAAGUAGUAGCUACCAUGUCUGUAGGUGUUGAUCACCUGGAUUUAAAAGCUUUAAAAGCCAGAAAUAUUCCCAUAGGAUAUACACCUGGAGUUUUGACUAAUGCAACUGCCGAACUAACAAUGGCUUUAUUACUAGCUACAAUGAGAAGACUGAUAGAAGCGAAUAGAGCAAUUUACAAAGGUGAAUGGAAAACUUGGGGAGUGACUUGGAUGUGCGGACCAAAGCUAGCAGGUUCUACCGUUGGAAUCGUUGGACUCGGAAGAAUAGGUUUGAGGGUUGCGGAAUGUCUCCAAGGUUUCAAAAUAUCCAGACUAUUAUACUGGAGUCGAAGAGAAAAAAAAGAAGCGACAGAAUUUGGAGGAAAAAAGGUCGACCUGGACGAGUUGCUCAAAGAAAGCGAUUUUGUCAUAGUACUCAUCGCUCUUACACCAGAGACAACCAAAAUGUUCGACAAAGAGACUUUUGAAAAGAUGAAGCGAACUGCCAUAUUUAUUAAUUCGAGCAGAGGCGAAGUUGUCGAUCAGGCAGCUUUAAUCUCAGCUUUAAAGGCUGGUACGAUCAGAGCUGCUGGAUUGGAUGUCAUGACACCAGAACCAAUACCACUAAACAGUGAACUUCUCCAACUGGAUAAUUGUGUUGUACUGCCACACAUAGGAAGCGCUAAUACAGAAACCCGAGAAGAAAUGGCGAAGAUAACGGCAGAAAAUAUCUUAGCAGUUUUAGACAACUCUGCGAUGCCGGCACGAUUGCAGAUUUAAAUAAUAAAAUCAACAUUUCUGUUAAUUUAUCAAUAAUCCGAGACAAGGAAGUCAACGAGAGGCAAGAAAUGACAACAUCGCAUCUCAUUGUCAUCUCAGUAACCCCUUAUUAUUUU